AUGGGGGAAGCUAUCACUGGUUUUAUUUUAUGCAUCAUUUCAUGUAUUGCAUUCGGAUUUAUGUUUGCUCCCUUACGUAACUUAAAUUGCAAAGACGGAUUUUACGUGCAGUGGAUUCAGUGUGCAGUUGUGUUCUUUGUUGGUUUUACCAUCAAUUCUGUCCGUGGCUUUCCUGCUUUUAAUCCAAUUGCUAUGAUUGGUGGGUUCUUGUUUGCAACAGGUAAAUGA